AUGGAUGUGCGCUUUUCGGAAGAGGAGGUCCCCGGGUGUGUGAUCACCUCGAAAAAGCUUGCCCAAUCGAGCUACAUCCACUCGGACAAGACGAUUCUCGAGUUUGAGCGACCGGACAAGUCGAUCGGGAAAGUGAAUGCGCCGAUUGAAGGAGUCGUGCAAUUUAUCUCUAAUAUUCGGAAGGGAUUCGCCCUGACCCCAGGAAUGACUCUUGCGACAAUCAAGAGCUGUGAUCACUCGAUUGUCAUCAAAAACUUAUGUGCGACUUGUGGAAAAGAUUUGCUGAAAAACAGAGACGAGGAUGGGACACGUGAAAGCUCUUCGGCUUCGAUCUCUAUGAUACACAAUGUGCCCGAGCUGAUCGUUUCGAAUACACUUGCGCAAGAGAUUGGCACCGAAGACAUGGAACAAGUGUUGAGCAGUCGACGCCUCAUUUUAUUGGUCGACCUUGAUCAAACAGUCAUCCACACGACGAAUCGACCACACGGAAGCGAUGUGCAAGAUAACCCCGACGUUGUGGACUUUCAAUUAUACGGUGGCAUACAUUACACGAAACUUCGCCCCUACACCCGGGAAUUUUUGGAGAAUAUCAGCAAGCUCUACCAACUUCAUAUCGUCACCUAUGGACAACGACAAUACGCUCACAAGAUUGCUAGCAUAAUUGAUCCGGAUGGUGGCUACUUUGGGCAUCGAAUCUUGUCACGGGAUGAGCUGACAAGUCCUUUUGUGAAGACAACCAAUUUAGAGGCGAUAUUUCCACGUGAUGACCUUCGAUCGAUGAUUGCAAUUAUUGAUGAUCGAGCUGACGUCUGGCAAUUCUCGGAGGCGCUUGUUCAAGUGAAACCAUAUCGUUAUUUCAAAGAAAUUGGCGAUAUUAAUGCGGCCGCGAGUGGACAUGGAGGAGAACCGGUUGCUGAUCUAGCAGUGAAUGAUGACGACCAUGUUCUGGAGUACAUGGAACGUGUGCUCACCCAAGUGCAUGCAGCAUUUUACCGAAAUUUUGAUGAGAAAAACGGCGAGAUUAAGGAUUUAAAGGUGAUCAUCAGAUAUUUGAAGUCGCAAGUUCUCCGAAAUACAUCCAUUGUUCUUUCUGGUGUUGUACCUUUGGACAUGAAAAAACGCAAAGAGGAACAUCGAAGCGAGGUUUAUCGUCUAUGUGAGCAAUUUGGAGCCCGAAUCGUUGAAGAUAUUACGCCGGAAACCACGCAUCUCAUUGCUGUUCAAUGGGGCACAAAGAAAGUGCAUGAAGCUAAGAAAUUGGGAAUCCCAAUUGUCACUCCGGGUUGGCUGUACGCUUGUGUGGAACGUUGGAUAAAGGUCGAUGAGAAACAGUUUGAAUUGACGGCUAACACGGUGUUACCCAGUCGAGGAGAAGGAAGCGGAAGAACCGUUUUGAAAGUUGUCCAUGAUGUUGUCAGUUUUGGAAAAAAGGACAUGGAAGCUAUGCUUGGAGAGGUGGCGAACGAACUUGGCGAUGAGGAUGAGGACGAGGACAACAAGGAAGAUGAAAAUGACGAUGAGGAAAAUGAGGACGAAGACGAUGAUACGAACUUGGACGAUUUGGACAUUGGACUGGUUGACCAGAAGAAUGAUGUGACUGAGCCGGAGACUGUGGAAGCACAAGAAACGAUCGAUGAGCAACCAUCGACUUCACAACCAGAACCACGAAUACAUCGGAAACGAACCAGGGAAGAGCUUGACCGAGGGUGGGGAGAGAACGAGGAUCCAUAUGCAGAAGAAGACGAUGAUGACGAUGCAAAGAGGCAAGAACUUGAUGACAUUGAGGAAGAGGAGAGAGAUGACAUCGGAUAUGCUGAUCGAGAGUUCAACAAAAAUGACGAUUUCAAUGAUGAGGAUGGCUCGGGUGAUGGAGUUCAAGAUGAAGACAGUGACCUCGAUGAAAUGGCCGAUGAAUUGGAACACGAAUUGGAUCAA